AGGAGCUGGGUUUCCUGCUGCAGCAUUAAUUCUAGUUUUUGGCAUGUGGAGAUUACACAAUUUCAGAAAGAAAAGAAAAACAGUUCAACAGAAGAAAGCAUUUUUCAAAGGUCUUUUGUUGGAACAACAAAUGCAAACAAGUGAAAACAAUGUUGAACAAACCAAGUUGUUUGAUUUAAAAGACUUAGAGAAGGCAACUAAUCAUUUUAGUAUGGAUAGAAUUCUUGGCCAAGGAGGUCAAGGAACUGUGUACAAAGGAAUGUUGGAAGAUGGAAAGAUUGUUGCUAUAAAGAAGUCUAAAAUAAUUGAUGAAGCCAAACUUUCUCAAUUCAUUAAUGAGGUUGUCAUUCUUACGCAAAUUAAUCAUAGAAAUGUUGUUAAGCUAUUGGGAUGUUGUUUGGAGACAGAUCUUCCACUUCUAGUUUAUGAAUUUGUCCCAAACGGAACACUUUCUGAGUAUAUUCAUGAUAAAAAUGCAGAGUUUCCUUUUACAUGGAGUAUGCGAUUACGAAUUGCAACUGAGGUUGCGGGAGCUCUCUCAUACUUACACUCAGCAGCUUCUUUUCCAAUUUAUCAUCGAGAUGUUAAGUCUACAAACAUACUCCUUGAUGAAAAAUUGAGAGCAAAAGUUGCAGACUUUGGUACAUCAAGAACUAUUUCCUUAGAGCAAACUCACUUGACCACUUUAGUUUAUGGCACAUUUGGUUAUCUAGAUCCAGAAUAUUUUCAAUCAAGCCAAUUUACAGAUAAGAGUGAUGUUUAUAGUUUUGGAGUGAUUCUUGUUGAGCUCUUGACUGGACAAAAAGCAAUAUCUGCAGCAAGAUCAGAGGAAGGAAGAAGCUUGGCGACAUAUUUUAUAAUGACAAUGGAGGAAAAUAGCAAUAGUCUGUUCGACAUUCUUGAUGGUCAAGUUCUCAAAGAAGCGCCAAAAGAAGAGAUCAUAGUUGUUGCUGAUCUUGCACAGAGAUGCUUACAUUUGAGCGGAAGGAAUCGACCUACCAUGAAAGAAGUAGCAAAGGAGCUAGAAAGGAUACAAGUCAUUGAUAAUAAAGAUUCAAAGGGCAGUCGACAUAAUUAUGAAGAGUUAGCGUAUGCACAACCUGAAGUUAUAGACUACUCUUGGAAUGCUUUCACGUCAUCAACUUUUGAUAGUAAUGCUACUAGCUCCUCGAUGCAUCAAGAAUUACCAUUAUUAUAA